AUGCCCCAGAAUAAGAUUUUCGGAGACCAAUCAUCGAAUCCGAUUCCUGAUCUUUCCCUUCACAUUAGCCUCCCGAACAGUGCUCCUUCUUCUAUUUGCACUGGAGGGGAUUCACCCUUUGAUACAUGCCCACAACAAGCAGAUGAUGAUUAUGAUGCUGAAGGCCUAAAGUCUCACAGUGAUGGUUCAAUCAGAGGUUGUAGCCCUUACCACGCAGACACACAACUCUCCUUGGCCAACCCAACAGGUGGUGUCACUACUACUCCCUCAGAGGCUGAAAUUACCUGGAGAAAAAGAAACCAUGUAAGACUUUGUCAUCAUGGGGUUACUGAUGGUCAAAUAAGACUCAUCAAUGGAAUCCCUCUCUACAGUAACCUUUCUUUGGACAACAGUAGUACUGUUCCCUCAAUAGAGAGAAACCCCACCAACAAGUUUUCCUUUUCUUCUCUAUGUGCUGUUCCACAUCCUCCCUAUUCUGCCAAUUCGGCUCCUAAUUAUAGUAGUAAUGGUGUUGUUGGGGGUGUAGCAGGAGAACCAAUCUCAAGGUUUCAUGACAUAACCAUGGAGAGUACUCCAAGGUCCCAACAGUUUCAGUACCUUGAUUACCCUCAGCAGCAGCAGCAGCAGUUUGGGAAUAGUACUAAUUUUGGAGCUUCUGAAUUUUCCAAUGGAUUUGUGAGGUCAAGAAUGCUGUCAAGGCAACAAAGUAAUAAGAGGAACAUGAGAGCUCCAAGAAUGCGUUGGACUAGUUCUCUUCAUAAUCGAUUUGUCCAUGCUGUUGAACUACUUGGUGGUCAUGAAAGGGCUACUCCUAAGUCAGUUUUGGAACUAAUGGAUGUCAAAGAUCUAACACUAGCUCAUGUCAAGAGCCAUUUGCAGAUGUAUCGGACUGUUAAGAACACUGACAAACCUGCAGCUACUUCAGAUGGGGAUGAGGAUUUCAUGUCCCUAACAGUACCAAAUAAUCAAAAUAAGAAUUUUUUACCAAAUCAGAGAGGACCUCCAAAUGCAUCCAUGGAUCAAGAUAUGGGCUACACUUCCAGCAAUCUAAUAUGGGCUAAUUCUUCUUCCAGUAGAGGAGAACGGAUACAAGCUAAUUCCCGUGAUUUGGAAGAGCUUAGUCCACAAGAAAUCCUGUCAUCUCAGUAUUCUGGGAAACUUUCUGAGGGAAACAACUACAUACAAACAAGAAGCUUCAAGGAUCAAAAUCCAAGCUUGGAGUUCACCUUAGGGAGAUCAACUUGGCACAGCAAUGAACAUGCCUAA